AUGGUUGAUAAGAAUUGGUCAAGGGAGGGCAUACAAGCUGCUGUGCAAAGAGAUUAUGGUAUGACACCCGGUUACCAGAUGUGUUACAGGGCGAAAAAAAGGGCAGCAAGGAUUGCAGAAGGUACAGUUGAGGAUCAAUACAAUCUAUUAGAGUCCUAUGCGGCAGUUCUAAAGAAGACAAACCCUAACACUUCAGUGUGGAUUGAAGGAGAUCUAGAGGGUGAAAAUGUUAGAAGGUUCAAAAGAAUAUACAUAUGCUUUGGUGCUAUGAAGAAGGGAUGGACAGAAGGCUGCAGACCAAUAAUUGGUGUUGAUGGAUGCCAUUUGAAGACCGUGCACAAAGGGCAAUUACUGACAGCUGUUGGCAUAGACGGGAACAAUGGCAUGUACCCUAUAGCAUGGGCUGUCGUUGAGAAAGAAACAAGGGAAGCAUGGACAUGGUUCUUCAAGUUUCUCAAAGAUGAUUUGUGCCUCGUAAAUGACUACUCCUAUGUGUUCAUGAGUGACAAGCAAAAAGGGAUAUUGGAGGCUGUGAAGGAGUUGUUCCCUAAUGCUAGUCAUAGACAUUGUGCGAGGCAUUUAUAUAAUAACUUUAAAGGAGAUGGAAAUGUUGGUCAGGAGCUUAAGGACUUGUUUUGGGCAGCUGCAAGAUCAACCACAAAGAACCAUUGGAUUAAGAAUCUUGAUUCCAUUCAUUCUAAGAGCACAAAAGCCUGGAAUUUCUUGAAAGACAAGCCCGCUGAGCAUUGGAGCAGAUCACACUUCAAGGUUGAGCCCAAGUGCGAUAUUCUACUUAACAACCAUUGUGAGAGCUAUAACUCUAAGAUUCUCCCAGCUAGGAAGAUGCCAAUUUUGGGAUUGUUGGAGGAUAUGAGAAUAAACUCAAUGAUAAGACAUGCAAAUCGGAGGUGUGCAGGUCCUAGAUGGAAGAGUAAAGUUGGACCUAGAAUUGAAAAAAAUCUGAAAAAAAAUGCAGAUAGAAGCCAUGAGUACACCCCACUAGAGUCUUCGCAUUUGAGGUUUCAAGUUCAAGGAAAAGGUGUGGCUUGCCAAUCAGGAGUUAUUAGUUUGCAUGAUGUUGAUCUCCAAGCAAGGUCAUGUACCUGCAAGAGGUGGGAACUCAGUGGACUUCCAUGUCCACAUGCAAUCGCUGCAAUAUUCUCCAAGGGUUACAGGCCAGAUGACUUUGUGGAUGAGUCUCUUUCACUAAAGAACUACAUGCUUGCAUAUGAACCUGCAAUAAACCCAAUCCCUGGUGUUGAUGAAUGGGAGGUUGUUGAGAGGCCCAUUUUACCUCCAAGGUACACUAGAGGACCUGGAAGGCCUAAGCUAUCAAGAAACAAGGAACCAGGUGAGCUACCACCACCUCCUGGAACAACAAAGUUGUCAAGAAGUUACCAUCAGUCCAUUACUUGUUCAGUUUGUAAAAAAGAUGGCCAUAAUAAGAGGACUUGUUCAAGGGGACAGCAACAAGGCAAUGAUUCCCAAGCUGGGGUUCAACCAUCAGAAACUGAUGAUCAGAGUGUCCAUGUGGAGCAAGCUGAAAAUGUUCAAAGUGAUGUGCAAGUUGAAAGUGAUAUGCAUUCUGGAUCAGUGCAGCAAACUGCAAAUGUACCAACACCCUCAAUUGUUGCAAGUGCUUCAUCUCAACCGAUGAUCUCAUCACCACCUCUACCUCAGUCUUCUUCGCAGCCCACUGUUAUCGGAUCAUCUCAUACAUCCAAUACAUUUGUAUGUCCUAAGACAGGGAUGUCAUUCAAGACCAAGUCAAUAGCACAUAAGCCUAAGCCUAAACCUAUGACAGGAACAAGCACUAAAGCAAGAGCCCAACAAGGACCAAAGGAGGGUUCCAACAAGAAAAUUUGGAAGCCGUGAACUUAACUUCUAUUUUGGACUUGUCUUGUAGUUUUUUUGUCAGUUGAAGCUGGUCUUACCAACAAUGCAGCUAGAAUUAUGAUUUUGUAACCCAGACUGUUAGCAUGUACUGAAUGUCAUUUUGAUACAGCUUCAAAAAUUAGACUGAAAUUUCCAAGUUCAAUGCAUGUUCGUUUUAAUAGUGCA